AUGCGUAGAUGUUCCGACAUGUUACAAAAUAUAUCUAUAAAAUUUAAAUAAACACGUAAACGUUGUGGUUUGAGGUUCUCGAGUUCAUUUUUGUAGCCCAAUUUAGCUAACGGGCAAUCAAACGAAUAAUAACGCUAGCGACAAACAUCGCCAGCUAGCCAACGUUAGUUAGCUAGCUAGUACUACUAGUAGUGUGACAUCCAGCUUGUUGUGUUAAUUUAAUUUGAGCUUGUGGAAGGAUGACCACAGCGGCGAGACCGACGUUCGAGCCGGCGAGGGGUGGGAGGGGGAAAGGAGAAGGAGACCUGAGCGCCCUCUCUAAGCAGUACUCCAGCCGAGAUCUACCGGGCCACACUAAGAUAAAAUACAGACAACCUACCCAGGAUGCCCCCGAGGAGGUGCGCGCCCGUGACUUCCGUCGCGAGCUGGAGGAGAGGGAGCGUGUUGCGGUCCGGGAUAAGACCAGGGAGAGGGGACCCCGGGAACACACCACAUCAUCUUCGUCAUCCUCGUCCUCAAAGAGGCCCCGACUGGAUCAGAUUCCUGCGGCUAACCUGGACGCAGAUGAUCCCCUGACUGAUGAUGAUGAAGAGGAUGACUCUGAUGAAGACAGUGAUGAUGACGACACCGCUGCCCUGCUGGCAGAGCUUGAGAAGAUAAAGAAGGAGCGCGCCGAAGAACAGGAGCGCAAGGAGCGGGAGCAGAAGGCUGAGGAGGAACGCAUUCGCAUGGAGAACAUUCUGAGCGGGAAUCCGCUCCUCAACCUGGCCGGGCAGCAGCAGCAGCAGCAGCAGCAGAUUGUGCAGACCCAGACGGCCUUCAGCGUCAAGAGGAGGUGGGACGAUGAUGUGGUGUUCAAGAACUGUGCGAAGGGCGUAGACGACUCGAGGAAGGAGAAGCGCUUCGUCAACGACACGCUGCGAUCCGAGUUUCACAAGAAGUUCAUGGAGAAGUACGUCAAAUAAAGAUCUCGGGUACGGUCUGGUGUGGUGAUGUCACACACUGUCUGGUCCGUCGGUGGAGUCUGGACUAAAAGGGUCACUGAAUUCAUGGUCAGAAUUGAGAAUAGAAAAUUGUGGACCUGUCACUUUCACAAAAUAAAUGACUCCGCUGAGCAGUAAGUUUCACAACUGAGUUUUAGCCGUCAUCAUUGGAUUCAUUUUGGUAGUUUACUGGACAGAGGAACCACUAAAUACGUCGUGGAUGGAAGUUACCUGCAACCAUAUAAAAUUAGAUUUUGACCACAAGUCUCCCUCUGAUGAUGGUUUGGUUUUUUAGCUCUGCUCAAAAAUUAAUUUCUGUGGUUUCUUUUAUUUUGGAAGUCUUCUCCCAUCAGAAAAUAUGACAUGGAAUUCCCCUGAAUAUGACCAGACUGCUCUGUAUAUUAUUUGCUUUGUCGUUUUACUUGCAUUUCUGUUAUUUGUGGAAAGUGGAAACAUUGGAAUAAAAUGUCUUUUUUUGUAAAAUCCUA